CGGCGGCGCCAUUCUUAGCGCAAGAAUCCAAAAGAGAAGCUCAGUUACGCACCGAGAGCAGAGGAGAGCCAUGGCUUCCAUUGUGGCGUCGAAGAGGAUCCCACUGUUCCGCCUCGUGGAGCAGCUUCUCGCCGCGUCGCCAGCCCCAGGCGGCGCUGCCUACGCUCUCAGGCCGGUGGCCGUCGCCGGCGGCUCCCGUGGCUACAACACCGGCGCGCAGCUUCGUCGGUACGAGAGGGACGAGUCGGACGAGGACGGCGGCCGCGAGUACGAGACCAGGCGCCGCACAGGCGACACCCCCGUGCCCGCCUUCUUCUCAGAUGUGUUUCGUGAUCCGUUCGGUGCUCCGCAGAGCCUGGGGCGGCUGCUAAGCAUCAUGGACGACCUGGCAUCGCCGGCCGGCCGUGCCACCGCCACGCUGCGCCGCGGGUGGAGCGCCAAGGAGAACGACGAGGCGCUGCAUCUGAGGGUGGACAUGCCGGGCCUGGGGAAGGAGCACGUGAAGGUGUGGGCAGAGCAGAAUAGCCUCGUGAUCAAGGGCGAGGGCGAGAAGGAAGCCGACGAGGGCGCCGCCCCGCCGAGGUACAGCGGCCGCAUCGAGCUCGCGCCGGAGGUGUACAAGAUGGACCAGAUCAAGGCGGAGAUGAAGAACGGCGUGCUCAAGGUGGUCGUGCCCAAGGUGAAGGAGGAGCAGCGCAGGGACGUCUUCCAGGUCAACGUCGAGUAGGAGGAGAUCGAUCCCCGCAGCGUGCGAAGUUGCAAAUGGAAUCCUCUAGUUUUGCUUUCCAAUAAGCAAUUCGGCGUGCUGUAGUUUUGUUUCCCUAAUCUACGGAGAUCAAAGUUUGGUUUA